AGGAAAAGGGGGGAGGGAGUGGAAGAGAAGAAGCAGGCUGUGGAAUGCAUUCCCCUAUUCCUGUGAAAUGCCAAAGCCAACCCAUGUGUUAGCAAAAGGUUUUCUAAUAAGGAGAAUAAUGAACUUCAGUUUCUGACCUCCUGGCACGACAGCCGUAUUUAUCAGAAGGGACAUGUGACGCGUUAAGACACACAGCUUGGACUUGAAGGAAACAGCUGUUCGUUCACUUCAUGCUUUAGCACUUGGCAGCUGGACAAGAAAGGGUGAUGUUUGUGUGGAAUACCUCUGCAGACGGACUCUGGUUAAGUUUGUUCCUCAGAAGAUUGUUCUUUUCGGGUUUCCUUCUAGAUGCCUAAAAUAGUGAUGGCAUCAUCCACUCACAAAAGUUCCAGUGCUAGGAAUCAGUCAUGAAAUCAUUAGUUUUCCUGAAGUACGACUAAAAAUGAAGCCCUCCUCCAACUGCUAAUGGCACUCACCUCUAUAAUUAUGGAAAUGGUCUUCCUCUUGCUGAAAAUGUCUCUAGUUCUUUGACAACGGCUUAAGAACAAUGGGGUCAAGUACACUUGGGAAAGCAGCAACAUUGGAUGAACUGUUGAGCACAUGCAUUGAAAUGUUUGAUGACAGGGGAGAACUGAGCAACAGUUAUUUGCCAAGAAUUGUUCUUUUGAUGCACCGAUGGUAUCUCUCAUCCACUGAGCUGGCGGGAAAACUCCUCUCAAUGUACCGUGAUGCUUGUGGGGAAGGAUGUGAUGAAUUCCGCCUAAAGGUCUGCUACUUCAUGAGAUACUGGAUUCUGGAGUUCCCAGCAGAAUUUAAUCUGGAUCUUGGUUUGAUUCGUAUGACUGAAGAGUUUCGGGAAGUAGCCAGCCAGCUGGGAUAUGAAAAACAUAUCAACCUCAUUGACAUAUCCAGCAUUCCUUCCUAUGACUGGAUGAGAAGAGUCACACAGAGAAAAAAAGUAUCUAAGAAGGGAAAAGCCUGCCUGUUGUUUGACCAUCUGGAGCCCAUUGAACUGGCUGAGCACCUUACUUUUCUGGAGCAUAAAUCUUUCAGACGGAUUUCAUUCACAGAUUAUCAAAGCUAUGUAAUUCAUGGCUGCCUGGAGAAUAACCCUACCCUGGAAAGAUCCAUUGCUUUAUUUAAUGGGAUCUCUAAAUGGGUCCAGUUGAUGGUUCUUAGCAAACCAACUCCACAGCAAAGAGCUGAAGUCAUCACAAAAUUUAUAAAUGUUGCCCAGAAACUCCUUCAGCUACAGAAUUUUAACACAUUGAUGGCAGUGGUGGGAGGAUUAAGCCACAGCUCUAUUUCCCGCCUCAAAGAGACACAUUCUCAUCUUUCUUCAGAAGUUACAAAGGACUGGAAUGAAAUGACAGAACUGGUCUCCUCCAGUGGCAAUUACUGCCGUUACCGCAAAGCUUUUGCUGACUGUGAAGGCUUCAAAAUCCCCAUCCUGGGAGUUCACUUGAAAGACUUGAUUGCCGUUCAUGUCAUUUUUCCAGACUGGACUGAUGAUCAUAAAGUCAAUAUUGUAAAGAUGCACCAGCUCUCGGUGACCUUGAGUGAACUGGUCUCCCUCCAGAGCGCCUCACACCACUUGGAACCUAACAUGGAUUUAAUCAACCUCCUAACACUUUCUCUCGACCUCUAUCACACAGAAGAUGAUAUUUACAAACUCUCAUUGGUGCUGGAACCCAGGAAUUCUAAAUCGCCUACCUCUCCUACAACUCCUAACAAGCCAGUAGUGCCAUUGGAGUGGGCAUCGGGAGUGAUGCCGAAGCCUGACCCUACUAUUAUUAACAAGCACAUAAGGAAGUUAGUUGAGUCUGUUUUUAGAAACUAUGAUCAUGACCAUGAUGGGUAUAUCUCCCAAGAGGACUUCGAAAGUAUUGCCGCCAACUUUCCCUUCUUGGAUUCCUUCUGUGUGUUGGACAAAGACCAGGAUGGCCUAAUUAGUAAAGAUGAAAUGAUGGCUUAUUUCCUGAGAGCUAAAUCCCAACUCCAGUGUAAAAUGGGACCAGGAUUUGUCCAUAAUUUUCAAGAGGUGACCUAUCUCAAGCCAACCUUCUGUGAACAUUGUGCAGGAUUUCUCUGGGGCAUAAUCAAGCAAGGAUACAAAUGUAAAGAUUGUGGAGCCAACUGUCACAAGCAAUGCAAAGACCUCCUUGUGUUGGCAUGCAGAAAAUUUGCAAGGGGGACCUCCAUGGGAAGUGGUCAUGGUUCUCUUCCGGGUAGCCCAUCACUUCCUCCAGUUCAAGAUGAGGUCUUUGAAUUCCCUGGUGUUGCUGCUGGACAUCAGGAUCUGGACAGCCGAGCCAUCACCCUGGUGACAGGCUCCUCUCGAAAGAUUUCCGUGCGCCUUCAGCGUGCCACCACCAGUCAGGCCACUCAAACGGAGCCCAUGUGGCCUGAGUCGGGAUGGGGUGACUCAGGAUCUCAUACUUUCCCCAAAAUGAGAUCCAAGUUCCAUGGCAAAGCUGGAAAGGACAAAGGCUUUGCCCAAUGGGAGAAUGAGAAUCCUGGGGGGCAGGUCAACAUGAACAUGGUGACCCAGAGCACAGAGUAUGAACUGGACCAGAAUGGAGCAGACAACGAUGAAGCCAACCAAGAAUGUGAGGAUGGCUGACUCCUGGAUGGGAAAACUGAAUGUCUAAUGAGUUUGGCAGUUGCAUAAAGCAAGAUGAGGAAUCCUGAAGACCAUGUUCCAAGUCUGGGAAAAUGAUCAAAAAAAAUAUUCCUGCCUUGUGAACUCAUCAUUGUCAUCCUGUCCCAAUAGUGUGAUGGAGGGUUCCUGUCUGUGCAGCACAAAAUCAAUGUACUAUUUAUUCUCCCCCCCCCCCCCAAGUGACUGAUCUGUUGAGCAUUUCAGAAACAACAAUGAAGAUGGCUAUAUACCAACUCUAAUACUCUUGUUUUUUCUUUUUUUGAAGUCAUUUGUCUGUGGGUGAAAAGAAUGCUGUUUGUGCAUGCACUACCCAUUCUCUAAACUGAUUGCAUUUGCUUUUUUCCUGUGAAAAUAUUCUUUUAUCAUUUCUAUAAACUUAGUGAGGGUAGAGAUCAAACAAAUGUCAAAUCUCUUUGAGUUGAAGUAGAGGUUUAACUGGCAAUUCUGGUGCUUGGAGUAAGCAACAAAUCAAAUUCAGGUGAGCUGGGCUGGGGUGAAGAAGAGACUUUGAACUGCAGGGCCUCCCACAGUGAGAGAGAUUCCUACUGGGAAAGAUUAUUACUGCCAAGAGGGAGGAGCACAGCAAAGGCCCAAGGAAGAGUUCACAGGGGGAGAGUUAGGGAGCCAACCCAUGAUCUGGUGGCGUCCUAUUCUAAACAAUCUGUUUUGCUAAAUAAGUGCUAAACCUAAUUAUUGCUACCUGCUGAAGGAAUACAAGUGCUGCCAAGCACACUCUAAGUUUUGGCUCUGGACAUAAACCCCUGUCACUCUACCUUCAUUAUGGCUCUGGGCUGAAUCCUUGACCACAUACCCUUUUACUAUUGAUUUUGGCAGGCACCAGAAUUUUUUGCUAGACUUAGCAAAACCUAGAAUACAACAUUUCCUCUAUGCACUUGUUGUCACAGGGAUUAACAAGUUUACUUUGUCCUUUUUUACAUUUAUAUCACCUUAAGUUGUAGCCAUCUGAAGCAUCUGUGGACAUCAAAGAUACUGUCUGGAAGAAGUCCCUAAACAUAUUCAGUAACCUUAUAAAACAGCAUGAUUGUUUUGGUAGAAAAUUAACUCUUUGUUCAACUAGACUGGGUUUAGAAAUCUUUUUUGGUAAGUCCUGCAAUGUUCCAGUCCUAGGUGAUGAAAUUUGAGAAAAAAAAAAUCUUAACUACAGACAAAACAACAACAAUGAAAGUAAUUUCCCCCCGGGAAUUUUGUUGCUAUAAAAAGAGAACUCUUGGUCACUGAAAGACAAUUCUCAGUAUUCUUUGUUUGUAACUGAUUAUGUAACACCCAUAAAUAAAAACUCGUCUUUGGAGAGAGAUGGUCCUCAUUAAUCAUCACCAUCAUGAAUUUUUGAGUAAUAUGGACAUUGAGACAUCAGAAACAUUGUAUUUCAAUUACUAUAAUUGUCAAUGACCCCAAAGAACUAAAGGUUAAUUUGUUUUUUGAGACUGGGGAAAGUGGAUUCCAGGUGCCCAGGAGAGGAGCCACAUGGUUGGCUCUUUAGAAUAUCUUAGAGAAUGUGCUCUAUAUCAAGAAGCCAGUGAGGAAUCUUAGUCACAGGAUAAUAGAUCAAGAAGAGACCUGAGAGAUGUUGAGUGUUUUGCCCAAGGUUGCACAAAGAUGGUAAGUAGAACUGAGGUUCAAACCUGUGUCCUCUGGCACCAAAUCCAGCAUUGUUUUACUGCACUGCCUUGGCAAAGCUGUAACCCCAGAGACAACUAUGUUUGAUGACCAAAUUUGUAUUCAAAUUUGUACUUAAAAUUAUAAUUAUGUAAAAUAUGGUCAUUGGUUCCAGUCCAAUGGAAGUGUGUAGUGCAAAUUCAAAUGCAACCACUUUAGAGUAUUCAUUAUUUGCACUAAUUGGGACUUAGCUGUACCUUAACCUACAUGAAGGGAGAACCCCAGGAAAAGUUGGGCCAACCUAUAUGGUGGGGCAGUAUAGGCUGGACCCCAGAAAUACUUUUCCUAUCACAGGUAUAUAGUUAGAUGGGCAGACCAAAGAGUUGGUCCAUCAGUACAUAUAUAUGCUGAAGAAACUGUACCUGUGAUUUGAAUGGUAUAGGCAACUUACAAUGAGGAAACAUUUUCAAUCCAUGUAAAUUGGCACCUGCUCUACAACUUAUAAAGUAUAAAGAGUUGCUUUGGUAGUACUGAGAAGUGACUUACCCAGAGUCACACAGUCUGUUUCAGAGGCAAGACUUGAAGCCAAAUUUUCUGGACAAGCUGCUUCUCUGUUUACUAUGCCAUACUUCCUCUCACACACUGAGCAAGAUUAAUCUUUAAUGGCUGCAAUGUUUUAAAAAGUCUUCAUUUGCAUGCAUCAGUUCAAGAAAGGCAAGGUAUUUUUUUUGUUUUCUUGCCAAUUACAUUAUGUAUUUAAUACCUCCAAUUAUUUAAAAUGAUUUAAAAAAUGUAUAUAAUAGAUUUAAUUGGACUGAAAAGAUUCCAAGAUAGAAAACCAAGUGAAGAAAAUUAUUUAUCUUUUGAUAAAACUAAAAAAUGAGUAGUCUUAUGGGUCUAUAAGCAUCUAACUUUACAAACACUUAAGGAAAUCAGCAGUCUGGGUGCUUUAGUACAUGGAAACUUUCAUUUUUUAUGUUGUUUCUUAAUUAGAAUGAAAUUUGUUUUAAUGAGAAGGAAUAGAUAUGUGAAAAAGUAUGUUAAAAAACUUACAGAAAAUGAAAAACUCCAAUAAAAAGGAAUAAUUUAAAAAGCCAUUUAAAUAGAACAUUUUUAAUUUCCUUUGAAAAAAAGGAAUAACUAUAUAGUCUGCUAUAUUGUAUUGUUUUGCCUGAAACAUGCAUACUGUAAGGGGCUAAAAUUCUAGCUAGUCUGUCCAAAAUAUCUAAUGAGUGGUUGCCAAUAAAUUAUAAGCUUUAGCAAGAGUUAGACUUUUAAGUAUUUAUUAAGGAGAAUAAGAAUUUGGUAAAGAGAGAGAGAAAGGCCUAGAUUCAUCUAUCUAUUAAAGGGUGAGAGCAUUCCUCGUUCCACUCUCAACCAGAGUCCUGACGAAAGAGAACGAGAGAGCCCGCCUCCCUCCCUAGAGCUUUCCUAUAGUAAGUCUCCAGCAGGUGGCGUCAUUCCAAUCAUUACAAUACUUAUUGGGCUAAGUAUCAAGUCAUCACAAUGAAACAUGACAAUUUCCAUGUCCCUUUCAUCCCUUUAGGAUCAAAUAUUCAUUCUAUCUUUCUGUCUAUUGUCAAUGUCACACUCAAGCAAUAUGAAUUUAGUAUAUUGAUUUGUGCCCAUAGGACACAGUCCUAUGUUGCAGUUCUCCCUUCAAUAAGGUUCCAUUUCCCAACUUCCCUAGGACCAUUUCUCUUUCUAGUAUUUGCAUAUCAGAUGAAUCUGAGUACUGUGGCUGUUGAUUUUUUUAAAAAUUUCCCAUUAUACUUCAUCAUUUGAAAAUGUGCUUAAGUGUGUAUGCCCUAAGAUUAUGACUUCUAUAUCUUUCUGAAUGAAAGCCUGAUUCAUCCACCACCCAUCAGAUUGUAUAUUAAACCAGGACUCUACUACAUAUGACUUUAUUUUUAAACAAGUAUAUAAUAAAUUCAAUGUUUGUU